GACUUAGCUGGUGUCAAAAAGCUUCAGAAGAAGCUUGCCCUGAUUGAGACUGACAUAUCAGUCCAUAAGGACCAGAUUGAUGCUCUUCUCUCUCAAGCCUCACAGUUCAUUGAUGAAGGACAUUUUGAUGCCGAGGGAAUCAGAAAGAAGAAAGAAGCUCUUGUUGAACGAUACGAGAGACUCAGCGUUCCUGCUAAUGAUCAGAGAGAGAGGCUAGAGGCCUCCUGUGAGCUCCAGCAGUUCCUUCGUGAUGUUGAUGAUGAGAUUGCUUGGAUCAAAGAGAGAGAGUCUAUAGCUACUCUACCUAAUAGAGGGAUGAACUUGGCUGGUGUACAAAACCUACAGAAGAAACACAAUGCUCUCAUGGCUGAGCUAUCAACUCAUGAUCCUCGUAUAAAGGCAGUGAGAGAGAAAGGAGAGGGAAUGAUAGCAGGGUCCAAGCAUCAUGCUGAAGAUAUAGAGUCUAAACUGAGUGAACUGGCUCACCUAUGGAACCAAAUAAAAGAAACUGCAGAGUCACGGAAGCAGGUCCUUGAGGAUUCCUAUGAAGCUCAAAAGUAUUUCUCUGAUGCCCUGGCAGCCGAGCUAUGGAUGAAAGACAUUGAGCCAGUGGUUGGUAGCUCUGACUAUGGGAAAGAUGAAGACAUGGCUGAAGCUUUAUUAAAGAAGCAUGAGACGGUCUUUGCCGAUGUCAAAGGGUUUGGUAGCACCAUUGAAGCAUUAUCAGCACAGAGU